AUGUUCCCACGAGUGACCAUGUGCCGUCUACUCCAGGGACCGCCGAGAGGAGAGCGGACCCCAAUGGGAAAGAAGAAGGGCCCCCACCCUCACCCCCUGGCCAUAUGGCUCCAGAGGGCCCAUACCGUUACAGCCACAGAGACCUCUUCUUUACAUGCUUUUAGUAUGGAGAGGACUGGAGGGAGAGGGAGGAAGAGGGAGGGAGAAGAAGACAGAGGGAGAGAGAGGGAACAGGACGAGACAGAGGGGGAGAGAGGGAGACAGAAGGAAAGACAGAGAAAGAGAGAGGGAGACAGAAGGAAAGACAGGGAGAGACAGAGGGAGAGAAAGGGAGAGAGAGGGAGAAAGAAGGAAAGACAGGGAAAGAGAGAGGGAGAGACAGAGGGAGAGAGGAUAAUAGAGAGGGAGAGAGAGGGAACAGGAAGAGACAGAGGGAGAGAGAGGGAGACAGAAGGAAAGACAGGGAGAGACAGAGGGAGAGACAGAGGGAGAGAUGGGGAGGGAGAGGGAGGGAGACGGGGAGAGAUAGGGGGAGAGACAGAGGAAGAGACAGAGGGAGGAAGAGGGAGGGAGAAGAAGACAGAGGGAGACAGGGAGAGAACGGGAGAGACAGAGGGACAGACGGAGACAGAGGGAGACAGGGAAAGAGAGGGAGAGAGGGAGACAUGGUCUUGA